AUGUCUGGCGCAGGUCCAUCUCUCUUCCCUGGCGAGGUUCCUUCAUCGUCUGUCCUGAAGUUGCCCCCAGACGCUGCACCGCCGCCCAUCACGAACCCUUACAGCGGCGAGCCGACCCUCGCGAACCCGUUCCAGAUCCCUCAGGACAUCUUCGCAAAGGCACUCGACCCCAAGGUGCCCUUGACCAUCGCCGCCGUCUACGCAGUCAGCGUCACCUACCUCAACUGGUACAACCGUCAGCAUGGCAACAAGCCCUGGAGGAUCGCCAGCCACGGCUGGUUCAAGGCAUUCGUCAUUGCCCACAACAUCUUCCUCGCCGUCUACUCAGCACUCACCUGCGUGGCCAUGUUCUACGGCCUAAAGGCCUCGUUCCCCAACUGGAGGGAGCCCAACGCCUUCGUUGGCACCGUGGACGCGCUCUGCAAGAUCCAGGGACCGCGAGGCCUUGGUGAUGCAGUCACAUACAACCCAGACGCAAACACCUGGGGAAGCAGGAACACCAACAUUCACGUUGGCCCCAACGGCCUCCCAGACACCACCGAUGUUGGCAGGAUGUGGAACGAGGGCCUUGCUUUCUGGGGCUGGUGGUUCUACCUCUCCAAGUUCUACGAAGUCCUCGACACCGCCAUCAUCCUGAUCAAGGGAAAACGUAGCACGACUCUCCAGAAGUACCACCACGCCGGUGCCAUGCUGUCCAUGUGGGCUGGCAUGCGCUACAUGUCCCCGCCUAUCUGGAUGUUCGUCCAGAUCAACUCUGGCAUCCACGCCAUGAUGUACACUUACUACACACUCUCCGCUCUCGGCUACCGUGUGCCCAACUUUGUCAAGCGCACUCUCACCACGAUGCAGAUCACCCAGUUCCUCGUCGGCGCUGGCUUCGCUGCCCUCCACCUCUUCGUCUCCUACACCGUCCCCGUCUCGGUCGCACACAAGAUCGCCGAGCAGAUCACGUCCACCGUGCAGCCUUCUUCCGUUGCAUCCACCGUCUCCUCGGCUGUAUCCUCCGUCACCGAAUCGGCCUCUGCAGUCCUGCCCACCGCGACCGGCCCAGCUCUUGCUUUUCUGUGGAAGCUUGUCUACCGCGCAGCUGGUGACGAGGGUCUUGCGGAGAAUAUCCCUGUGCCUGGUUCUUCUCUCAUUCCUGCCCAGCAAUCGCACGCUCCUACCGCGCACGCUGUGCAGCACGAAAACCCCGUGCAACGCCUGCUCCACCACCACACCCACACCGUGGACAGGGUUGUCUACCGCACCGAGUACCAGCAUGUUCCUUGCAUCGACACCUCUGGCCAGGCCUUUGCCAUCUACCUCAACUUGAUCUACCUCGCACCGCUCACCGGUCUGUUCAUGCGCUUCUUCGUCAAGUCUUACUUCCGCCGCACGAACCCAAAAGCUAAGCACCAGACAAAGCACACUCCCAUCUCGAAGGCGGCUGGUGAUGCUGUUCGCGGUGUUGAGCGCGAAAUCGAGUCCAUCAGCGAGGAGGGCAAGAACGGUAGCGCCGACACGGGUUCCGUUCGUGGACGUAAGGGUGUCAAUGGUGACGCUAAGAACCCCCGUUCGAGUCUGAGCCCGUCGAACGAGGACUUUGUUAAGAACGUCAAGAGCAAGGUCAGUCAGCGUCUGCAAGAGAUCAACGAAGACGCCCAGGCUACAACAGAAAAGGCAAAGGAGGUCGCCAAAAACGCUGUCAACAAAGCCAGCGAGACCAAGGACAAGGUCCAGCAGCAGGCUAAGGAGGCCAACAACAAGAUUGAGGACAAGGCACAGCAAAACGCGGACGACGUCAAUGCCGAGCGGGAACAGGGACAGGAUGACGUCGCUAGCACGCCAGCUGGCACACCAUCCAAGAAGAAGAGGAACAGGAACAAGAACAAGAACAAGCAGACACAGAGCACUGGCGAUCUGAACGACGUUUCCGACGAUGAGCACCCGGAGCGCCGGACCGAGAAGGAGCCCGAGCCAAAGGACAUCAACAACACCCUGGACGAGGACGAGGGUAAGGGUCUGUUCUAG